AUGAAAUAACUUGACUUUCUGAACAAUCCUGAUGCAUUUAUGAAUUAAAUUAAAAAUGAUUCGAGAGACUUUGUUCAAGAUUAGUAUAAUCUCACUUCCUACAUUUCAAAGACUAAAAAUGUGUUCAAGCAAUUUUAUGCUAGGAUUAAUCCAUUCAAUGAGCUCUAUAAAGAUCAGCCAAGUUUUAUUUUAAAGACAAGGAGAAUCUAGUACACAUUUGAAAGAUAUAGACAGCUAUAGGAAUAAGAAGCCCCAGUAACAAUCAAAGAUAUGGCUGAUCGAUAGCUAGUUAAUGAAAUAAGAUUUUGGGCAACAAAGUAUAUCACAAUGGCAUGGAUAGGAGGUCUAAAUAUUGGAUACCUAUCCUAUCAUUUUGGAUUAAAAAAGCUUAAGAGAUUUGUAGGAAUUCCUCUAACCUUUAUAGUGUUUUUUGAAAGUAGAAACCUUAUUAUGAAGAGUUGCAUGGACAAGAUAUACUUCUCUCUUGAGCCUCUAUACAUUGAAAUGAGAGCAAAUGAUAAGAAGAAAGAAUAGAAGGCAUUAAAAGGUGGUGAAUCUAAUAGUCAAAAGUAUAUGGACCCAUUGGACAUGCUUAAAGAGAGAUUAAUGGCUGAGUAGAGACAAGAAAAUACAGUGGAUUUAUUGGCUAAGGAAGAGUUGAACAUAGAGUAAUAAUAAGCGAAGAUCAAAUUUGAUCAGUUAAUCAAUUAAAUGCAUGGAAAAUUCAUAAACGAAUAAGACUUCAUUACUGGUAAAGCGGGGUAUAAGAAGUUCAUUGACUUAUAUAUCAGUCUAUAUUAUGAACCUUUAGUUGAGGAUUUCGAGGAGACUAGAUAUUUCACUAAGGACUUUGAUAAAUAAUUUUUGAAUAAAAUAAAGUACAGUCGCAAAAAGAAGCUCACUGAGUUAAGUUUAAAAUGA